AUGGGGCAGCCACGGCAUGGUAGCAAUGGCGAGAAUGAUGAAAUGAGUGCCAUGGAUAUUGACGACAAGGGCGCCGACGACAAAGCAUUCGACAGCUUUGCUUUCAAGCCAUCUUCUAAGGCCGCUCCCGCCGGUCCCAAGCCCGAAAUUUCUCAAAAGUUCAACGCCCCAGCUCAGAAACGAGAAAUUCAGGAAAAGGAUGGCAAGAAUGAACCCCCGCCAGGUGCACCCACACAGCCCGCUGCCCUUUUCGAUCGGAAGCCUCCGGACGGCCCAAAAAUGGCACCACGGAUGCGCAAAGUUAUGAAGAAGAUGCAACGACCCAAGCCGCGGCCUACACUACCACCAAACUUAGUCGCAUCAGAGUCUGUCUUCUUCCGCAAACCCGGGAAUGAGUCGGUCGUUGGCUCUGGCACGUAUGGCAAGGUUUUCAAGGGCCUGAACGUGUACACGAAAGGGCAGGUAGCCUUGAAACGCAUUCGAAUGGAAGGAGAGCGGGAUGGCUUCCCUGUGACUGCUGUCCGAGAAAUCAAACUGCUUCAGUCACUGCGGCAUCAAAACAUUGUCAAUCUUCAGGAAGUUAUGGUUGAGAAGAAUGACUGUUUCAUGGUCUUUGAGUACCUGUCUCAUGAUUUGACAGGAUUGCUCAACCAUCCUCACUUCAAGCUGGAGCCACCUCAGAAAAAGCACCUGGCCAAGCAACUAUUUGAAGGGCUUGACUAUCUCCAUGUACGUGGUGUGCUACACAGAGACAUCAAGGCGGCCAAUAUUCUCGUCAGCAGCGAUGGUAUCCUCAAAAUUGCCGACUUUGGUCUCGCCCGGUUCUAUGCCAAACGGCACCAGCUCGACUACACAAACCGCGUCAUUACAAUUUGGUACCGAUCCCCUGAACUGUUACUCGGCGAGACACAGUACACUGCUGCCGUUGAUAUCUGGAGCGCUGCCUGCGUCAUGAUGGAAAUUUUCGUGCAAAAGCCCAUAUUUGCCGGCGACGGGACAGAACUGAGCCAGCUAGACAAGAUUUACAAUGUGCUAGGCACUCCGAACCGACAUGACUGGCCCGGUCUCGUGGACAUGGCCUGGUUUGAGCUGCUGAGACCGACGGCGAAACGGAAAAACAUGUUUGCGGAGCUUUUCAGCACGGAGCUCACGCCAGCGGCAUACGACCUCGUGCAGUCUAUGUUCUUGUAUGAUCCAGCAAAGCGACCAACAGCAGAGGAAAUUUUGGGCCACGCGUACUUUACCGCUGAAGAGCCACUUCCUCAGCAGGCCACAGAACUUGCCAACAUUGGUGGUGACUGGCACGAGUUUGAGUCCAAGGCUCUACGUAAGGAAAAUGAGCGACGUGAGCGUGAUGCCCGACGAGCGGCCAAGAACCCCACGCCCGCUGCCAUUGAUCGGAGCCACCACACUGGCCACAACCAGGAGAAAAAGCGCGGCACAUACGUCGACGACGACGCUCGAGAUGCUAAGCGUGCUCACGUCGAGCGGCCGACGCCUGCCGCCUGA